AUGCUGAUAUUGAUGAGCAUGAAUUGGCAGCAGCCAGUAGUUCUCAUGGAGCGUUUCCUGGCUCGUUUCGGCGCAUGGGAGUUUGACGUCAUGCCCAUGCGCAAGUUCCCCAUCGGCCCGCGCACGGGCGAGCUAGCAGCAUACAGGAACGUGUUUCUGGUGGUGCGCGCACCGGAGGAGGGGCAGUAUGGGUUCAUGCUGUGCGACAAACAGCACAAGCAGAACCAGGACAACAUCACGUUCGACCCCGAGUUUCUCUUCCCUAAUGACGCAUUCACCCGCCUCGCACGCGCCAUGGCUGAUUCUAUGGGCGGCCCACACCGCUUUGACUAUGUGCACGUGCGGCGAGGGGACAAGCUCAAUGCAACCCGCUGGCCUCAUUUGGACCAUGACACACGGCCCGAAGCCCUCCUGCAGAAGCUCCCAUCGCUCGUCCCUCCAAACAGCACUCUCUACAUCGCCACCAACGAGCCAGAUCCCCACUUCUUCGAUCCCCUCAAAACCGCAUACACCAUGCACAGAGAGUCGGAUUUCGCAUCUCUCUGGGCCGAAGGGUCGGCGUGGGAAGCAGAGAUGAGGGAGGUUGCAGCCUCGGUGGGUGUGGCAGUGGGGGCGAGAGUGGAGUUUGACAGUGAAAUGCAGGUGCUGGUGGACUAUGCGAUCAAGAAAGUUGCGAGGUGGACGGUGGAGACGUUUAACGACCUCACGGAUGACCCCAAGGACGGCCCUUAG